CGCUGCGGCGGGGCGCUGCUGGGGCCGAGCCCCGGGCUGGCUGGGCAGCGGCGCCGCCCCUCCUCACAUGGGGCCGCCGCCGCCGCCCCUCGCUGCCCCCCGGGCCGGGCGCUGCGCCGCCGCCGCGGCCGGCCGGGAGGCGAGUGGCUGGGGCCGCCGCCGGCCCGCUCCCCCUCUCAUGCACUCCGGGCCCGGCUGCAGCGGCGGGGGGGCCGCUAGAGGCCCAGCCGGGCGGCGGGGCGCGGCGCCGCGUCCGCUGCGCUCUGCGGCAUGUGGGGGCGGCGCGGGGGGCGCCCCGGGGUCCGCUCCUCGCGGCGGCGGAGGCGGCGAGAGGGGGCGGGGAGGGCGGGCGGGCGGGCGAGAGAGAGGGAGAGAGAGAGAGGGCGAGAGAGAGAGCGAACGAGCGAGCAGCGCGGCGGCGCGCGCGGAUGACAGCCGUAACCCGGCAACAGGCCCCGCCCUCUCCCCGUGGCGGCGCGGGGCGAUGACGCGCGCGGAGGGCAAGGUGGAGCCGAGCAGGGUGGUCGUUAUACGGGACCUUCACGAGCUCACUCAGUACGUGUUACGGAAGGUAGCAAGAAAUGAAAGCACUUAAUAACUACUCCUUGGGCGUGUGAGGCGGCCGUGCACCAGAAGCGCUCACAGCACGUGGUAAAAAAAAAAAAAAGAAAGCAUCACUGGGUCGUGCUGUCAUCCUAAAGCACACAGAAGAGCAAAACCCACAUGGGCUGUGUGACUCACCUCUGGCACUGCCCGCCCUCUGCGUGCUGAUGUGUGCCAUGUCAGCCCGGCCCCGCGGCUGUGCGGGCAGACGCUGCUCUGCCCUCUGCGCCAGCCAGGCCAGAGGCUGUCUAUGUCAGCGCGCUAAAUGGCUUCCAAUUGCCAGCUAUCUUCUUCCCAUCUGCUCCUCCGCUUCAGCAGCUGCUUCUGACUCCCCGUCAUCCCGUGCUGGAUGUUUCUUUAUCCCCUUCCAUAACCCUGUUUACCUGAUUUUUCUCUUCCUGUGUGUCACAAACAGAUGGCUGAGCUUAUCUGAGUCUCCAAA